GCGCAAAUCCAAACUACCGUUAUUUUAUUUACAAACUCAGUGCGGUAAAGAUUGAAUUGUUUGUGCCGUUUACCGAAGAUGCAGCGGAACAACUACGGAGCCGUAAUCCAUGGGGUCGAAGAUAUGCGCAUGGAACAACUUCCGAUGCCAAAACCGCGGGACAACGAGGUGCUGUUGGAAAUCGACUGUGUCGGAAUCUGCGGUACAGAUGUCCAUGUUCUUACUCACGGUGGUUUCGGAGAGUACAAGCUACGGAAACCUAUGGUGAUCGGCCAUGAAGCCUCUGGAGUGGUCAUUGAGGCCGGUAAACUGGUUAAGCACCUGCAGGUAGGUGAUCGUGUAGCCAUAGAACCAGCCAUUGGUUGUAAGCGGUGUGACCUGUGUAAGGCCGGUCGAUACAACUUGUGUCCGGAUGGCAUCUACAGCGCGACGCCUCCAGUUCACGGAUCACUCCAACGGUACUAUACGCACCCGGAGGACUGUUGCUUUAAGCUACCUCCUAGCGUAACGAUGGAGGAGGGAGCACUGUUGGAGCCACUGUCGGUUGGAGUCCAUAGCUGUCGAAUAGCGGGAGUUCGUUUAGGGUCGACUGUUUUGGUUUUGGGGGCCGGACCCAUUGGACUGGUUACUAUUCUAGUGGCUAAAGCUAUGGGUGCUGGAAAAAUAUGUGUGCUAGAUUUGGUUCAAAGUAAACUGGAUCUAGCCAAGAAAGUCGGCGCCGACGUUACAUUGCAAGUCCAACCGAAAGAGGAGGAAAAUAAUUUGGUAAGGAAAAUUCAUGAAGCCCUUGGAACGGCCCCCGAUAUAUCUAUCGAGUGUACUGGAUCGCAAACAUGUGUUCGGUUAGGUAUUCUGGCGACCGCGAUUGGUGGUGUUAUGACCAUGGUCGGAAUCGGUUCCAGAGACAUGAACCUUCCCAUUACGGUUGCUCUGGUUCGUGAAGUCAAUAUAUUAUCGGCGUUCAGAUACGCCAAUGCAUACCCGGUGGCCCUAACAAUGGUCGCCAAUGGAACGAUUGAUGCCACAAGGCUUAUCACCCAUCACUACGACUUACAGGAUUCUUUAAAAGCGUUCGAAUUAGCACGUCUCGGACUGGACGGAGCGGUUAAGAUUAUGAUACACUGCCAGCCCCGCAAUAAAAAUAAUCCUGCAAGGAAGCUGUAG